AUGGUGGCAGACAAUGGAUCAUUCAUCAUACGACUGCCACGACAUCUUGGGGCCAACUGGUACGAAAGCGUGGCGAUCCUGUAUGUUUCGGGGGAGCCAUCCAUUCACCUUCUUUCCUCUCCUGGAUCUGUUCCUCCAUUCCUUGCGGCCUCACACUUGAACUCUCUCCAGGAGCACGAUACGUUGUCGCUUGUGAUUCAAACCACGCCUUCAUUUGGCCUACGUUUUGCAACUUUUGUUACUGGUGCAACACCCUACCGCCCAUUCAUCAUCAGUGGGGACAUUUUAGCGUGGAGGGAUAGUAUCCCUCAUAUGCAGAAUUCCAGGGUGGAGGGUGACUUGGAUUCACUGUGGCUCGAGUUGCUGUCUCACAGACUUUCAAUAAGUUUGACGAGGCGACUAGCAUACAUUCGAGAGUAUCGAGAGUUACUCGGCGCCCCCAACCCGAAAUUGUGGCUCAAUGACACAUUGAAACUCAUUCUCCCAAUUGAAUAUCAUCCGAUCCUUUUCAGUAUGAACCUCCGUGACAGGCGAAAUGAAUGGUAUGGGGAUCGAGUGAUGGGAGGUAAAGAUUUCAUCUACUUCCCUCGUGCCAGCAAGGACGGGACACGAUUCUUAAUUCAGGGCCGCACGAGAGCCCCAAUCGUCGUUGAUAGUAGCCAAAUCAUUUAG